GUAGCUUGCUGUGCAGUGUGCGUCUGUUUUUCAUUUUCUUUCAUCUUUGGCUUGGCGUCGAUUAGUAAUCAGUAUUAAUUAAUUGUAAGCUAAUAAGAGUUUAUGUCAAUUUUUUUCGUCCAACAAGACAACCUGGACAGACAGUAUUGUGUUGUGAUUGUGAUUUAUGAUUUGAUUUAUGUUAGAUCUUAGAUCUAAGUAUCCAAAUGGGUCAAUAAACUUUCAAACGAAUGAAACGUCAAAGGGUUUUAGUCAUAAUUUUGCAAAUCUAAAGUAACGGGAAUAUUAUAUCCAUGCAAAACAAGACUUUUUAGGCCCACUAUUAAUUACAUUUUGAAGUUUUGAACAUUAUGGAACCAAGUUCUUAUGAAAUUCAGGAGCUCAGGAGUAAAUUUUUUGAGAAGCUAGAAAAUGAGUACGGUAAUACUAAAGCAUAUUUCCAUCCAGCUGACCUAGCACGAGUUAGCAACUCGGACCACUGGCUCAAGAGAUUUCUCGUCCAUCACGACAUGGACAUGAAAGAUGCUCUUACUAUGCUUUGGGAAACUUGUGAUUGGAGGAGAGAGAACAAAGUGAAUGACAUAAAUGAAAACAAUGUGAACAAGGAAUAUCUUGAAGAGGGAAGUUUAUUUCUGAAGAAUCGAGAUAAAGAUGGGAAAAGUUUGCUCAUACUAAAGUGCAAAAAACAUGUAAAAGGCACAAAAGACUUUGAGGAGCUAAAACGAAUGGUCAUUUACUGGUUUGAAAGAGCCGAAAGAAAAGACAGGGGUGAACAAAUCACAGUGUUCUUCGACAUGGCAGAGACUGGACUGAACAACAUUGAGAUGGAGUAUAUCAAAUAUCUAAUAAGUCUAUUCAAGCAUUACUAUCCAGACUUUUUGAACUACAUCCUGAUCUUUGAAAUACCCUGGAUACUAAACGCCACUUUCAAAAUCAUAAAGGGUUGGUUACCGACAAAAGCUGUCCAGAAAAUCAAAUUUGUGUCUAAGAACACAUUGAAAGAUUAUGUUGAAGCGGACCAGGCUCUUACAUGUUGGGGUGGACUUGAUGACUACACUUAUAAAUUCAUACCUGAAGUUUUGGACACACCGACAGUACGACUGGAUGAAUACAAGAAAAAAGUUCAUUUUGCAGAUGGAUCCCCCAUGGUUGAAGUUGCUCCAUUUUCAGACAUUGAUCCUGACAAUCCACCAGCAUCGAUGAGUAAACUGCGAGUAAGUCCAGCAGACACUGUUGUCUUCAGCCAGGACGGGGCCGAUCUGACAGGAACCGUCAACCUCAUGAACAUAAGUGACAAGACGUUAACAUACAAGAUAAAGACUACCUCGCCAGACAAGUUCCGGGUGCGGCCGAGCGCUGGAGUGCUUCACCCUAGCAACUCCACCACGGUGUGUGUGGUGCUACAGCCCGGCCACGCGCCGUACUCUCUACUCAAGGACAAGUUCUUGGUCAUGAGCUUCGUACUGGAGGAAGCGCUCACGUCUACAACGGAACUAGCGGAGCUCUGGAAGGCUGCAGAUACCAAGAUUGUGGAUCAGCACAGACUUCGCUGUGCUCUGAGUGGACAAACAACCUCUCCGGCGCAGAACGGAACCGUCUACUCGUCCUUGGCACACGGCCCGCCUGGCGAUAACGAACAAAAAAUAAACCAGCUCCUUAUAGGGCUGAAUCACUUGACCCACUGCUACAACAAGCUAGAGGGAGAUCUCCGAAGUCUGCACAUGUUGACCAUCCUAUUGCUACUGGUUGUGGCGGGGGCACUCAUGUACAUCAUAUACAAGCUGCCGCAAGUCUCCGACACCCCGCCAUCAACCUGCUACGCUCCCAUACCUCCGCCUACGGACCAAGACGAACUGUGAAACAUAUACCAGCUGUAAUUAUAUUUUUUAUAUUAUUGUGAUAUCGUUAGAAAUCGAAAAACUUUAAUUCUUUAACUACGAGAUGUUCAAAGAAGUAUAGCAAAAAGAAAAUUUUCUAUUUUUAAAACACUCUUUAGUUUUAUGUUUCUUGUGUCAGAGAGGACUCUUCCCAUUAAAAUAGAUCUGUUUCCUCUCAAAAACUAACUUUAAAUCAAACCUUGAUAUUUUAAGGUUAAUCAUUGCUAGUAAGUCUUCUUAAGAAGAACAGUGGUGAAAUUUUAUUAUUAAUUUAUUGUUAAUGUAUACAAAUUUGUUGAUUAUAUAAAUGACGUCUUUAAACUUUGUUUAAGCAUAUUGGUUUAGACCGCUUUCCCAAAAAUCAUCUAAAAAUGGCAAGUGUGUAGGCAAGAACAAAAAAAAUACAACUCCACCAGAUUCAAAGAGGCACUUUCAAAGGAGUAAAACAAGAUAUUUUUUACUUUUCUGCCACCUCUUCAUAAUUAAUUCAUUGUCAUUGGCCAACAGAGCCUUUUUAUCUAAUAUAGGCCUACAUACCAGAAUUUCCGUCACAGUUCUAACUCGUCCCUUACACUGGAUGACCCGGGUUUCGCCUCUUGUUGAGCCAUUAUAAAGGACUAGUCAGAGCUGGGACGGAAAUUCUGGUAUGUAUACUAUAAUAUAUUCCUCAAGUAAAAAGUUAAUUUGAAUUCCAAAGUCCCACAAACCACCUUUGAUAAUGAUGAUAUUUUAUUUACAAACUCAAAAAUUCUAAGAGUCUUGGUGGUAUGGGAAUCUCCAAAAGCCCUAGUUCGUGUUUGCUUUCAACCUGAAUUUACUGUUUGAACACUUCUUUGUUAAAGAAAUGAGGUCUUACAUCCAUCAGGAAGUCUGCAACCUUCACAUUUUUAUACUAUUCAUUUUUUACUUGAGAUCUUGUACUUUUCUACUUUCUACCGACAAAUUCAGUAUUCAGUAUUACAUUGCUGUAAGUAUACACCAGUAUUCAAUGUAAUAUAUGAAUCUCUAAAUAAUGGUGGGUAAAUUUAAUUGCAUCACAGUUUGUCUUGUAAGGAUUAUUCAAUAAAGCCUAUUGCAAUAUAAUUAUUAAAAUUACUAAUGAUCGUUAUAAAAGCUAGUGGUUUCUAUGUCUUUGCCAAAAGCAAUUUUGAAAUAUGGUAGUGGUGAAACUCCCAAUGCUCGGCUAUUAUAAAAUUUAAAAAAAUUUAUUAUCAAAUAAAUAUUGAGUAGCCUACCUAGUUAAAUAUUUUAUGACUCUGUAGAGAUAUAGUACAAAGUUUAUCUGUAAAAAUAAAAAUAAUAACAUAUUUAUUGACCGUUGCUUUGUGUGGCUUUCAAAUUCAUACACGAUUAUUUAGAGAUUUUAACGUAUGUAAAUGACUGUUUGAAAUUUUUUUUUUAUAAAAUACCUCUAUGAUACACCUACCUGAGCAUCUUCAUAAAUAGAAAGCUAGAAUUAUUUUGGGAACAACAAGAAGAAGUAUUUACAUAGUUAGGUCAUUAUAUCAAUAGUAGUAUUAUUGACGUAGAUACCAGAGAUCUAUCAAGAUAGUAGUAGUUGUUGUGAAGGACGGAACCGUUAGGUUUUCAGUGUUCAGUUAAUGGUUUCUUGUUUUUUUUUGUUUUUUUCUCCAACGGUCACAAAAGCUGAUUUCCUUUUAAAUCCAUUAUAAACUAAUAUAUUGAUUUAAGUAGGAUCGAAAUAAACAGUAAUUGUUUAGAAAGAAUUUAUAAAACUGGAGAAUGGUUUGUAAAAACUGUUGUUACCAGAAAGGAAUAUUUGAAAACAGAAACUAAAAACCAACAUAGUACUGGGUUCUAUGUUAAUGAACACUUCUUAAAAUUUGGAAUAUUGCAAUAUUCUAGCAAUUUUGUUACAAACAAAUCUGUAUAUUUAUAAUAUAAAUUCCUAGUAUGAUUUGUGUUGUAACACUAGGCCUACUUCUAAGGCCUAAGGCCUAAUAUUUAGUGAAUAGUGAUGGAUAUAAGCUUUGGCAAUACAAUGUUACCAUUAUGAUUCCGUACUAUUUGUUAUAGUUUUUUUCUAAAGCUCUCUUUCUAGAUAAAACUUGUUAAGUUUGAAAUUUUUGUUGUUGAAAGCAAGAGUGUUAAAAAUAAUAAAAAAUAAAUCAACGUUAUUGCAUAUAGGUGUUGUAUGCAAGUUAAAAAAAAACAUUUAUGUAUACAAGCACAGGCAAGGGAAAUACAAGUUGAUAAGUUAAUCUUGGCCCUUAUAAAAACUGAGCGAAACGCUGCAGUUUGGAAUCAAGGUAGGCUAAAUAAUGGAGAAGCCUCAAAACAACAGUCAAUAAUAUUCCGAAUUCCUAUGUUUUCAAAUUGAAUUGUUUGUUGCCUGUAGGAGUUAGACAAAAUGUCGUUUAAAUUGAUAUUAGUUUUGACUUUAAACAAUUUUCUCCAAAGGGGUUAAAAUUUAUGCUAACCACUGUCAAGUAAAUAAUACAACUCCUUCAAAUUUAGAAUAGGAUAUUUUGAGACUGUUUUGUGGCGAGACUGUUGUUUUUCAUUUUUGUAUUUCAAUUAGUUUUAGUCUGAACGCUUUCUAUAUAUCAACUUAUUUUUUGUAUAUUAGUUUAAAUGGUAAUGGUAUUUUUAGCAUUACAGAUUAUGGUAACAGCACUAACACAAGACUGUUAUUCUAGUUAACUAAUGCACCAGUGUCCCAAUAACACAAACUAAUUGGAACCGGAACCUGUUUCCUUUUUGAAUUACUAAUUUGAUUGGAUUAGACUGAAAUGCAGUAAGAGCAUAAAAAGAAACUAUCUAUCUUUGUGAUUAAAUUGCCGUAGAAUGCUCUCACGAUCACAACACGGUGAUCAUUCCCUAUUCUUUUGCGAUCAUGGCAACCACGUGAUAAUUUCCUGUAGCACCAUAAUUGCAUUCAGCGAUUGUGGAAAUCUCUGUAAUUGGUUUUUACACAGAGCUUCGAGUUCUUACAGGAAGCAGAUUUUUCAAAUUAGAACGUUUGUGUUAACGAAAAUCGGAACAUCGGGACCCUGGUGUUCUGUCGUUAUUUACUGUACAUAGUUAAAAUUAUUAUUCCCUUACAAUGAGUAUUAUUUAACUAGGUGCACGCUCAUUCUUCCCGUGUGUGGACAAAACGAAGGUAGCCUAGUUAAUACCUUCAAAAGUAGGAUAAGCUGAGUCUACAAAUUGAACAUAAUGUGUGUGUAUUGAUAUUGAAAAAAUGUGUCAGGGAUUUUGUAGAUUGAAAAUGAAUAGAGUAGUAGUGCUUGUUUGUUAUUUAAUUUUGUGGGAGAUAACUUGCCAAUUAGUAAUGUCUGAUUUGAAUUUAACUAAGAGCUAAACAGAUAAAGGGAUGUAGUUUUUAACUGUGAUAUGGGUCAAACAGCUUUUCCUGCAAUGUGUCUAAAAUACAAUUUUUCAACGAUCUUAUAUAAAACAUAACAUUUGUUUGAUUUGCGUUCAAUAUGUAUGUUUCUACUUCAUAUCUUUCAUAGACCACUAAUGUAUUUCAAAUGAAAGCCAAUGUGCUAGUAAGGAAUUUUUUGAAAAGGAGUAGAGUUCAGCUAGUCUUCCUAAGAAAGUUAGGGUUCAGGGACUAAUAGAUACACAAUAAAAGAACACAAAACAUUAAUAUGUUGUUUUUUUUUCAAAUAAUCUGACUAUAAAACUGAAUCAAAUUUAAUUCCCUCUUCUAUUGAUUGUUUAUACCCGCAUACAACCUAAUAGAGCAAAUCCAAAACUCUGAAAAUGCCAAGAAUGCAAAUUUACUAAAUGAAAUGUACCAAAAUGUCAUAUUUGAUGUAACUUUAAUUUAAACAGAAUAACUGAGUAACAACAAUGUUGACCGGAAACAAUUUUUGUAAAAGUAAAAAAUAUUCGUUACUUUUAAAAAGUAUAAUUCAACAAUGAAAUGUAAAUUUGAAGGAAAGAUUUAAUGGAAUUCACAAGGUUUUGGCCUGUGUUGAUCCACUUAGUUAAGUUUUUAACUAUUUAGGACAGAAACAAUCGGAGACUAUAGAUAAACCAAACAUGAUUUGAAAAAGCUUGAUUCAACUAAAAUAUUGACAUUGUUUUGAGUUGUGCUUACAUCAGAGUUUAUAACACAUAUGUUGAUAACUUGAGCCGUUGUAGAAAAUGGUUUAAACAUUUUGUUACAAACACAGCUUACAAUUUACAAUUUCUUGUGUAAAAAUAUCUGUGGUAAACACUGAAAACCUGGAUAAACACACAAAAUAAAUGUUUUUAACAAAAACUAUUGUUCUUUGGAUUUUUGUCAAAUUUUAUUCAAAACACGUAACUCUGGUGUAAAUACAUCAAUAGAUCUUUCUGUUUUAUACCUGCCUUUUAGUAUAGUUAAAUUGUUUAUAAUCAGUUUAUUAUAAAGGCAGUUUACUGUUUAGUAUUAUUUUUCAUCAAAAUGAUGCUUGCGGCAGAUUUUUCUAGCUGCCAAUUUUGACAUAAACUGAACAUACAAGGGUCAAGUACAUACAUUUUCCUAGCUGAAGGAAAACUCUUUGCGGGUCUGGCGAUCGGUAAAUGUAGUACUGUAGCUGUAGCAUCCACAAAGCAUUAUUAUUGGCCAGGUGCUGCCAAUGACAUGAAUUUACAAAGUAAAAAGCAAUACAGGGAUAUGCUAAACUAAUUUUUAACUGGCAUUUUUUUACUUGCCUUCUGGUAAUUCCGCUCAUACCAAAAUCAGCAGCUAGGAAACCCGGCCUUUAGAUAAUCUAUAUUUGAGACAUUUUAAUUUGUUUAUCUACAAUGUAUUCUGCUCAUUUAGUAAUUUUGUUUGUAAGAUAUAAAUUGAUCAGUAUUGCAUUACUAAUAAUAUUAGUAUUAUGCUAUAUUUAGAAUAAUAGCUAUAGCAUAUUAUUAUGCUACAUAUCUUUUGAGAAUACUACCAAAGUCAUUUUCUGAUGAGGUUUUUGUGUUGUAAAAUGUCAAAAUCCAUCAAGUUAACCGAUAUUUUAAAAAUUAAAUAGCUAUGUUGUAUAUUUUUUUCUAUCAAUAUAAUUAUUUGAGUUUUGUGAAUUAGUUUUAUUCUUGUUUUGUUGGUUACUAAUGACUAAAUUAAAAUUAUACACAAUUACUAGAAGAAUAAAAUUGAUUAUUCCAUCUUGAAAAAAAUAUACCAGAAUGAAUUGAAUUUGUAAAUUAGUUACCCUAAAGAAUGCAGCAUGACAAAAAAUUUCCUUAACUAAGUGGACCAAUAGUGUAUUUUCAAUCCUCGCUCAAAUUAAAAACUUGAGCUUCUAUCAAAAAGGGAUACUUUAGGUCCUAAUGGUGUGAUAUGCUAUAUAGUUAGCCAUUUAAUCUGCAGCAAUAUAUCCUUUUUAUUCCUGUGAACAACUAAUGUUUUGCAGAUAAGAAGUGUAUCCAAGUUUUGGUGUAAUAUAGUAAUACUCUAGCAUUCAAAUUCUAGAGAUAAACGAAAAUCAUUGAUGAAUUUUUGUACACAUAAAGAAUAGAUUUUUAAAAUUUCUUUGUUUCAGUUUUGAAGACGAUUAUACUCCAUCAAGAUAACAUAAUGUACAUGUGGUGUUGAUACAAGAGUACUUUGAUUCAGCCCUCCCGCUGAUUUCAAGUUACUGCUUCAAAACAUCAUUUGCAUGUCUUAUAUCUAACAGCUUUUACCAUUUAGUUGCUUUUAUCAUGAUCCAAUGUAGGUUUUGAGGGUGUUUAACGGAAAGGUGGCUUUAAUUACACACUAACCAUCAUUGUUACAGGGGUUGGCUUCAAAAUGUUGCUGGAGGGUGACCUCAGUUGUUAGGUUACCAAAUUGAUUCUUCCAAUAAUAAUAGAGUAAUUUUGGAUAUCAUUGAGGGGUUGCUUUUUUAGGGGCUUUGGAUUGUGCCUUUUGUUAAAGAUACAUAAAAUUACAUGUUUCUGUUCUACUUGGCAUAACCAUUUCUAAGAUGAUCACUAAUUUUUUGCCUUCAAAUCUUGUUUUGAUUAACGAAAACCUUGAUUUUUUAAUAAAAAUCUAUUAGGGAUUUAUUGGAAAAUGGUAAUGGUAGUUCAUUUCCCCCUCUCUAAAAAAACAUUGAUUCAACAUUUUUUAUUUUUAUACAAAUUUGUUAAAGUCCCGUGGUGUCCUUAGUCCAUUCUGUAAAUAUAUAUCCCAUCUUACUCAGGUAAAAACAAGCACUUUCUGUCCCAAAAUUAGAAUCAGAACAUCUUUGAUUGAGAAAAUCGCUUUGAUUUGAAAUACCGCUACAGUAUUUGAUUUAAAUUUGAUGAGAAAAUCAGAAUGCCAAAGAUGGUGGUUUGUUUAUUUGUUUAGUUAGUUCUUCCCACUUACACAGUUCCAAGGUUUGAAUACAAUCAAAUUUAUAAGUUUGUAUAUUACAAUCCGUAACCUAUACAGCAGAAUCAUUUUAAUGCACCAAAAAUGAAUGUACAAAGUUAGCUUUUGUACAGUUUCUUAAACUGGUGCUAACAUAGCAAUAAUUUAUUAAUGUUAGAUUGAUUGUAAAAGAUGGGUUUUUAUCAUCUUAAUUUCAAUUGAGGUUAAUCUUUGUUUUUUUUUUAACAGCAAGUAUUUUUUACCAAUUUUAAAAUUAAAAAGUGGAAAACUGCAGACACGAAUGGAUGACUUUGGCACACUUCCUCUCCGUUUACAGUUCAAGGAAGCUGCCUUAUCUCCCAAGUUUGGUAAAUGAAGAUAUAAUUUAGAUAAAAUAGUCUGUUAAAUUUUAAAUUUGAUCACAUUGCCAGAAAUAUGUUUAAAUCUUUUGUAUUUUGUCUUUACUACAGUGUAGUGAAACUGUUAUUUUUUAGUUAUGUAAUAUAAAUAAAUAAUGUUUGUUACAUCUUGCA